CCGAGGCGGCGGCGGUGGUCGUAGUACCCGGUAAAACGGCGGCGGGAUGGGGUGGACGCUGCUGGGUGCCGGGUUGCUGCUGGCCCUCUACACGCUGCUCCGCCACGGGCUGCGCCGCUCCCCGCCGCUCCGCGCCCGCCCCGAGCUCCGCGGCCGCACCGCCAUCGUCACCGGGGGAAGCAGCGGCAUCGGGGCGGCCACGGCGCUGGAGCUGGCCCGCUGCGGGGCCCGCGUCGUCCUGGCCACCCGCAACGCCCCGCGGGGGGAGGCCGCCGCCCGCCGCAUCCGCACGGAGACGGGGAACGCAGAGGUGCUCUUCAUGCAGCUGGACCUGGCCAGCCUGCGCUCGGUGCGAGCCUUCGCCACUGCCUUCCUGCGCCAGGAACCCCACCUGCACCUCCUCAUCAACAAUGCCGGUGAGCGCCAGGACCCCCGUCCCCCUUCCCUUGCACCCCCGGAUCACCCACCGUGGGUUGCCAUCGCCUCCUUUGCAGGGGUGAGCGCCGGGGGCACGACGGAGGAUGGUUUCAGCCUCCCCUUCCAGGUGAACCACCUUGGCCAUUUCCUACUCACCCAGCUGCUGCUGGAGCGGCUGCAGAGCUGCGCACCCAGCCGUGUGGUCAUCGUCGCCUCCCGCGCCCACUGCGCCGGCCGCCUGCGCCCCGACACCCUGGGCCGGCCACCCUCCGGGCUGUUGUCGACUUUCCAGGACUACUGCGACAGCAAGCUGGCCAACAUGCUGCACGCCCGCGAGCUGGCCACGCGCUUGCAGGGCACCCAGGUGACGUGCUACGCCGUGCACCCAGCAGAACCGGCUCCCGCGUGGGCCCUUCCCCGCCGGGAGCCGGGAUGCGCCACGGCCGCUUCCCCUCGCCCCAGGGUUCGUCAACACGGAGCUCUUCCGCCACACGCCGCUCUGGCUGAAGCCGCUCUUCCUGCCGCUGGCCUGGCUCUUCUUCCUCGACGCGGCCGAAGGCGCCCAGACCUCCCUCCACUGCGCCACGCAGGAGGGCCUCGAGCGUUUCAGCGGACGCUACUUCGCCGACUGCCGUCUGCAGGAACCGUGGCCGCCGGCCCGCGAUGACCGGCUGGCCCGGGCGCUCUGGGAGGCCAGCGAGAGACUGGUGGGACUGGGGGGGCCCGGGGGGAACCCCUCGCCGGCCCCUGCUGCUGGGGUACAAUAAAAGUGACGGUGGCAAAAAGGGA